AUCUUACUAUAAACCUCGUAGUUUUUUCCAGCACGGCAAUGUAUUGAAAUUGAGACUAGCAAGAUGCAAUUUUAAUUCAAUGGAAUUAAAAUUUACUCAGGUAAAAUGGAUUUCGACUUCAAAAUAUUUUGCUUAUGCAAUAACCUGGGGCCAUACAACUAAAACACACUCUUCUCAAAUAACUCGACAAAAAAUUGUUUCAUUCUUUAGUACACUUAACUAGAAUUUAAAAUGCAAACAACUCAAACAGCUUUGCAACGCUCACUCUUUAUCAUUACAAUAAUAUUUAAAUUAGCAAGGUUACACUUUUUGUUGGGCACACCUUCUUUUGCUUUGACCAAAGAAUGAACUCGAUUUGACAGUUCUCCACCUUCUCGCACCAUCUGACAAGGCGUAGUACGGAAAACGAGAAGUAGGUUUAUCGUCUGUUGCGUUUUACUCUCACAAGAAAAUCAUCUGGAAAUUGUUCUCGAAAUACCUGAAAAGUUGAGUUGAAUUUCACAAAAAAUCGCGUUGUUACGUGUGCGGCACAAUUCUUAACCAGCGCGGAUGCGGUGAGACGCACCAAAGAUUGUUUUUUCCCCUGAAAUUCGUCACGGUAUUUGGAAGGUGCUUUGUCGUAAAAGUUCAGCAGUGACCCUAGCGUGGGAAAAAAUCGAUUAUUGAUCGAAAAACAGAAUCCGCCAGCUCGACUCUAGAGCGAAACAAUGACCACAAAGGCGACAUCUGCGGCGGCUGGGACCGGCGCCCCAGGUGCACGUGGGGUCGCCCGUGUUCUGGCCAAACUGGAAUCUUCGGUUGAAUCUGGAAACUACUACGAAGCUCAUCAGAUGUACCGUACACUGUACUUUCGAUAUUUGUCCCAGAAGAAGUACGAUGAACUGCUGGAUCUGCUGUACAAGGGUGCUCUGACGCUCCUUAACCACGACCAACAAACAAGCGGAGCCGACCUUGGGCUGCUGAUUGUGGACACACUGGAAAAGGGCAAAAUCGUUGACGAGGCUGAAAAGUGGAUGCAAAAGUUAGCACUCCUGUUGAGUAAAAUUCAACCAAAUGUUAUCGAAAGGGAAACGCUGCUGGUAAAAGCAGUCAAAUGGAGUGCUGGUGUGUCCAACUCUCAGGUCGGCCAUCCAAUGAUGCACAAGCUGAUAGCGCAAAUCAUGUGGAACGAGGAUAACCUGUCCCAGGCACGGCAUCACUUUCUACUUUCAAAGGACGGCAGCAGCUGCGGCCACAUGCUGAUCCAGCUUAGUCAGACCAAGGGCUUUCCGUCCGAGAUGGACCUGUUUAUCGCUCAGGUAAUCCUCCAGCAGUUGUGCUUGAAGGAAACGACAACGGCGUCGAAAACGUUCGCAACCUACACUAAAUAUCACCCGGAAAUAGCGUGCAGCGAGCCCCCGUUCAUCACCCCGUUGCUGAAUUUUAUCUUCUUUCUGCUGCAAGCUAUCGAGGCCAACCAGCGCAAGCUGGUGGUAUUCAGAACCUUGUGUGAGCUGUACAAACCUUCGCUAGAGCGAGAUCCGUCCUAUGAAAAAUAUCUGCAAAAGAUCGGUAUGAUAUUCUUUGGAGCAAGCCAGCCACAAAGACCGCAACACGAGGGCAUCCCGGGAAUUUUCGGUGAUCUACUGAAUCAAUUCUUCCAAGGGCUGGAUGAUGACUUGGACGAUGAAUCGGCCAAUGGUAGCCAUCCCCACAACCAGUCCAGAACGGCGGCGGGGUCAACCGCAACAGGCGCAGGUUCUAGUCCGGCGGGUGGCCCUGGGGUGAAAGAAGAGCUCGAUUAAGCACCUGCAAGCAGUUUGGUUCUCGUUUGGUUGUUUAAAUUUUUGUGCUUCGUGGUGUUUCCAAGGGCUAAGGAUUGUGCAGAAGGCCGUCUAAGCUGAACUGCACGCGUCAAGCUAAAUCACACAGAUUUUAACAGCGUCUCAAAGUUUUGUUUUCUUUUCCAUCACGAGUACUAUCUAACUGGAUUUUUCGUUUAGCAAGUUUACGCAAUUGAAUUAUGAUAAUAACAAUAAAAGAAAAAUUUAGUGUAACCAAGGUA